AUGUGUAAAAGCCCCAGGGAAAUAUUGUUUACUGAGUCCGCCGCGAAGGCCUUCCCAACGCCACCUAGGUUAAGCGGAAAGACCAAAAGGGAACCAGAAAAAUAUUGUGAGUUCCAUAGAGAUAAUGGGCACGACACCAACAACUGCUGGCAACUCCGAAGGGCCAUUGAAGAAGCAAUCAACGAAGGAAAAUUGUCACACUUGGUCAAGACCGUGCAGCGGCAACAAAAGAAGAAGGAUGACUUGGAAGAAAAGAAAAAAGGACCAGAAAAAACCAUUUAUACAAUCGUCAAAAAGAAAACAGGAGAAGAACGUCCGUUCCCGAAGGCAUAUAAGGGAAACACAAUGCACAUCACAUUUCCUUCGAUCGACAACACCCGGGACUUUCGUGACCCACUUACCAUCAAAACAAUGCUUGAAAUCUCAGAAGUAAAGGGAACAUCUGUGGACACGGGAAGCAAGUGCGAUGUCCUUUACGAAAAGGCCUUUUGGAAACUACAUCCUGUGUCACGGAUGAAUUUCAAAAGAACCGAUACUCUGGUCCAAGGAUAUUCAGGAGGAACUGAGAAGCCCAUCGGGAAGCUAACAACGAAAGUAACCAUUGGAAAUGGACGAUGGGAACGCACAGAAAAAAUAUCGUUCUUCGUGGUACAAGGAGACUCACCCUUCGAAGCAAUACUAGGAAGAUCUGGAAUUCAGAAAUUUGAAAUGAUCCCCUCCGUAAUGCAUGGAAUGAUCAAGUACCAGUCGAAUGGAGGGAUCGGAACCUUUAAGACGAAAGAAAGAAGGAUAACUGAAGAAGGACAUGACGGGCCACAUUGGCUAUCGUGGAGCGAAGGACCUUACCUCGGGCGAUUGAAUGCGUAA